GCGGCCUUGUGCGACCGCCGCCGACCAGUAGACUUCUACCCGUAGUGGCGAGUGAGCGCUUUAUCUCCGGGCGCCCUGGUGACUUGAAUGCCCGUGUAGAGAACGUCGGCGAUCCAAGAUGGCGGAGGAAUUAUCGGACUUUGAGGACCUCUUGGGCGGGGGAGGGAGUCCCGAAGGAGGAGAUAACGCUACCGCCAGAUUAGAGGAACUGAAGGUGGCGCUCGAGCACUUCCAGAGCAACACGGAUGUCUUCUUCCUCAUUACCAUGGGAACGAUCGUGUUCUUCAUCGGCGGCAUCUCGUACUGGCUCGUGGGCUACGCUCUGGCCUUCGGCGAGGGCAACAUGUUCUGCGGGACCGUCUACUGGGCCUCCGUCGGCGUCCCCGACGAGCGCCUCGCCUUCUGGUUCUUCCAGUUCGUGUUCGCCGCCACCUGCGCCACCAUCGUCUCGGGCUCCAUGGCCGAGAGGUGCGCCUUCAGCGCCUACUUCAUCUAUUCGAUCAUUUUAACAGCCUUCGUGUACCCCAUCGUGACCCACUGGGCGUGGACGCAGGAGGGCUGGCUGUCCACCCGCGGCUACCAGGACUUCGCAGGCUCCGGCGUCGUCCACCUGACGGGCGGCGUCGCAGCGCUCGUGGGCGCCAUCAUCCUCGGGCCGCGAAUCGGGCGCUUCGGGCCCAACGGGAGGGAGAUUCGAGGACAUUCGGUGCCGCUGGCCGCUCUGGGGGGCUUCAUCCUCCUGUUCGGCUUCCUGGCCUUCAACGGGGGCUCGCAGGCGUCCAUCAGCCAGGAGGGCGACGCGGCGGCGGUGGCCAAGUCCGUCGUGAACACCGUCAUCUCCGGCUGCUCCGCCGGCUCACUCUCACUCUCGCUCUCAGGCUCACUCUCACUCUCGCUCUCAGGAUCACUCUCACUUGCUCUCUCAGGCUCACUCUCACUCGUGUCCAUCUGUUCGGGAUGCAAUGUCAUGAGGCCGUGGUCAGCUUGCGUCACCGGAGUCAUAGCUGGCCCCGUCUUCCUCGCUUUCCACAAGUUGCUGCCGAAACUUAGAGUGGACGACCCUCUGGACGCCGUGGCCGUGCACAUGGGCGGCGGCGUGUGGGGGCUGGUGGCCGUGGCACUCUUCCAGGACGGUGGCAUCGUUUUCGGAGGCACACCCAUGAUCCUGGCGUGGAACAUGAUCGGGGCGCUGGCUAUCAUCGGCUGGUCGGGAGGAAUCUGCGUCGUCAUGUUCGGUAUCAUGAGGCUGUCCGGCUUGCUUCGAGUUCCUCCUGAGCUGGAAAUGCAGGGUAUGGACAUUGUGAAACAUGGCGAGCCUGCAUAUCCGGCCAAGUCUUGGGAGGAACACCAGUAUGGGGACAGCCUCUCGCAUUCAGGAAGAAACAAGUACUUGCCGCCCAACAUGAGCUCCCCUUGGUACCAGGGCUGGGUGGGGGGCGCCAUGCCCUCAUACGCUCCUUACGCCCCCUACUGGACCCUCCCAGGGCCUCAUCGCGGGGGACCAUACCCUCCGGCCCAGGACCCCUCCACCCUGCCUCGCCCCAACGGCAGGAGGAGCGAGUUCGCCGUGAGUGACGUCAACCAGCACUACGAAAUGGAGACGAAGGGAUACCCGCACCGAGGCAAGAGAUCGAGCGGCUAUUACAACGACGGCUUCGAGGAGGAGCAUUCGAAGAUGUGAUCGCGCCGUUGCCCUCCGAAACGUUAAUCAAAAUUGUCGUACUGCACUUUUUGUUUAGAUAUUCGAAUUCCGUUUUUUUUUUUCGUUCUCUUAAGAAGUUUGUUGUUGUGUAAGAAUGUAUGUACACGUUCGUAGUGUAGAUUGAACCGUCUACACGCACUUUUUAUUUUAGAAUAUUUAUAUGUGAAUGUCCGUGGAAGUACAAAAGAAUUACUGUAUUCUGAAGAGUGAUUGCAACUAAGCGCUUUUUUUGCGUGUAAUUAAAAUAUUCAGUUUUUGUACUAUAUGCAAGCAUGUAUUUACAUUUUAUCGUAGUUAGGUAUGAACAUUUACCUCAUUAAACUAAUAUAAAAAAACGAUAUAAAUAUUUAUAUAUAUCAAAAUAUGAGAUUGUACAUAUGCAGUAAGUCAUAUGAAAACUAGACUAUUUUAUAGACUUACCUCAUUACUGGCUAUAUUCUUUUAAUGUACUGAAAUAUACUAAGUUUUAAAAGGGUAUAAAACAUAA